ACCAUCUCUAGCCCCAGAGUCAGAGGGACCUUCCUCCAUCCUCCCUGCACUCAACUACUUGCAGCACAACUCCAGUGACUCUUCUUCUCUCCAUUUGUCUCUUGCCUUGAGAGGAUCAGACAUGGCUCUGCAGUUACGUACUAAAAGCAUCGGAGGCAGCAGAAGCGGCUAUAGCUCAUGCUCUGUCAUGGCUGGUGGCGGUGGAGGGGGAAACAGAGUCAGGAGCAGCUACAGUUCGCAUGGAGGUGGCGGACAGUGUGGUGGAUUCAGCAGCAGGAGCUAUGGCGGAGGCGGAAGAAUUUCCUCUGGGUCUUAUGGUGGAGGAUUUGGCUGCCGAGGAGGUGGCUUUAGUGGUGGGAUGAUUGGAGGAGGAGGUGGUGGCUAUGGAGGAGGAAUGGGUUGCAUUGGAGGAGGACUAGGAGGCAUGGGAGGAGGCAUGGGAGGAGGCAUGGGAGGAGGAAUGGGAGGAGGCAUGGGAGGUGGCAUGGGAGGAGGAAUGGGAGGAGGCAUGGGAGGUGGCAUGGGUGGUGGCAGCUUUGGUGGAGGUGGCUUCAGUGGUGGACCUGGCAUGGGACCAAUGAUUGGUGGUGGACCUGGCAUGGGACCAGUGAUUGGUGGUGGACCUAUGGGUGGCUUUGGCGGUGGCAUUGGAGGUGGUGGCUUUGGUGGACCUGGGGGAGGUGGCCCUGGGUUCCCAAGAGGCAUCCAACCGGUUCAGGUCGAUCCCAGUCUCCUGAAGCCAGUCCAAGUGGAGAUUGACCCCCAGAUCCAGCAGGUGAAACAAAAUGAGAAAGAGCAGAUCAAGACCCUCAACAACCAGUUUGCCACCUUCAUCGACAAGGUCCGGUUUUUGGAGCAACAAAACAAGGUUCUGUCCACAAAGUGGGAGCUCCUCCAACAGCAAGGACAUAGUGGUCCAAGGAAGGACCUCAGCAGCCUCUUUGAAAGUUAUAUCCAAAACUUGAAGAGGCAGCUGGACUCUAUCCUUCAUCAGAGAGAACAGAUGGAGUCAGACCUGCAGAACAUGCAACCCCAUGUUGAAGACUACAAGAAAAAGUAUGAAGAUGAAAUCAACAGGCGCACGACUGCCGAGAAUGAGUUUGUGGUGCUGAAGAAGGACGUGGAUAGUGCCUACAUGACUAAAGUACAGUUGGAAUCAAAGGUGCAAGCCCUGAUGGAUGAAAUCGACUUCCUGAGACGCGUGUUUGAGGAGGAGAUGUCUCAGAUGCACACGAUAAGUCGUGACUUGUCUGUGGUGGUGUCUAUGGAUAACAGCAGGCACCUAGAUAUGGACAGCAUCAUUGAUGAAGUCAGGCGUCAAUAUGAAGACAUCGCUCGGAGCAGCAGAGCUGAAGCUGAGGAGUGGUACCAGAGCAGGUAUGAAGAACUGCAGAACACGGCGGGACGACACGGAGACAACCUGCGUAACACCAAGCAAGAGAUCCAGGAGCUGACCAGGGGUAUCCAGAGGCUGCGAUCGGAGAUUGAGAAUGUGAAGAAGCAGCAACAGCAGCUGCAGGCAGCCAUUGCGGAGGCUGAGGACCGGGGUGAGAUGGCCCUCAAGGAUGCUAGGUCCAAGCUGCAAGAGCUUGAGGCUGCCCUGCAGAAGGACAAGGAGGAGCUGGCUCGCUUGCUGAAGGAAUACCAAGAGCUGUUGAACAUCAAGAUUGCCCUGGAUAUAGAGAUUGCCAUGUACAGGAAGCUGCUGGAAGGGGAGGAGUACAGGCUGAGUCAGGAUAUGUCCAACGUGAAUGUCUCGGUGGUGGGCAGGACCACCAUUACUGGAGGCCAUGGAGGAAGUGGCGGUGGAUUCGGAGGUGGAAGUGGAUUCGGAGGCGGAAGUGGAUUCGGAGGUGGAAGUGGAUUUGGAGGCGGAAGUGGAUUCGGAGGUGGAAGCGGAUAUGGAGGAGGAAGUGGAUAUGGAGGAGGAUGUGGAAUUGGAGGUGGCAUUGGAGGAGGUGGAAUCGGAGGAGGAGGCAUGGGAGGAGGUGGGUAUGGAGGCAGCUGUGUCAGCGGAGGUGGCAUGAUGAGCGGUGGUUACUCCUCUGGAAGCGGAAGAGGCUUCAGCUCUGGUGGAGGCAGCAUCGGCGGUGGAUCCUCAUCUGUCAGGAGAAGCACCACGACCACGACCAUCAAAUCUUCAGGGGGAAGGUGCUAAGCCUGGGAGUCCUUCUUCCCAGGGCAGGAAAGUUCUCUUCUGCUCUCCUGGCUGCAGCAUAGCUCCUCUCCAUCCAAUCCUGGCAUCCAGAAAAGAAACGAACUGUGCCCCUUGCCAUUAAUGCCCUCCAUAGACCCUCUUCUGCCAACUGCCUGUGUUCCUAGGGGGAACCGUGUGAGAAGACACCAGCCUCUUGGACACCGCCACCAUGGGCCUGGGUUUUCAACAAGGUCCAGAGUCUUGUUUAGACCUAAGCAAUAUUGAAAAAUUAGGGAGCUGUGUCCGGAAACACAUCCCUGGAGGCUAGCAGUUAGCAGAGGGUGGAUGAAGGGAGGAGCGCUCUGCCUCUCUCAUUGUGCUGUAUCUGUUGAGCUGUUGUGACUGCCCUGUGGCAAUGUGUAUAAAACUCCUUCUUCCCUUCUCUUUCCUGAGCCUUCUUCUUCAAUGGCCACGUUUCCUUGGGUGCUCUAGUUUACUGCAUCGCACAUCCUGCAUUUUCUUGCUUUACAAACAGCAGUAGGCCAUGCUUUCCCAUGUUGAAGUAACAGUUCAACCCAGUCAGAAUUGAGGAAGAGGAAAGUUCCCUGCUGGUGUCUAGAGAGCUGAGUACAUCCGUUAUCUGGAACAAUUAGGCAGAUGGAGUAUUUGGGUAGCUCCAGGUGUACUCUAGCCAGUAUUCCCCCAAAUCAAGUGGUUAUCAAUUCCCCUUCUCUCCUGUCAUUCAUGAGGUUUCCUCCAAUUCCAUCUGAUGUGUGCAUGGCUUUUUAUUGUGUUUAAAGACCAAAAUGGUUUUGGUUAAGGUUUGUGUGAUGUGAUGUGGUAUAUGCUGUAUUGUGAGCAUCUACCUAACUGUUCUUCUCUUGGUAUGUUCCGUUUUCUCUGGGUAGGACUAUUCUCAAUAAACAGCAGACAAAUCAAA